CCAAACAAGAAACAGUCUGCUAGAGAUUAUUACUGCCGGAUGGUCCAAAUUAAGUGUAUUUCUCUCUUUAAAACGAACCUUUAUCAAAAUGUCUCAGGAUACAUGGUCACAAAAUUAUGAUGCCACUUGUCGCCUGGCACAGGAAAUAGCAGAAAACAUCCAUGAACGAAACAGGCAGCAGAGAACAGGGGGAAACCCUGCAAAGAUCAACAUGACACUACGGGCAUCACUGCAGAAGCUCAAACAGAAUAUUUCCCAGCUCAAAGAGAGUUUGUUGCGAGCCUCAUCUUCUCGGCGCAUAAUGCAGUCAGAAGCUGACAGGAGGCAGAACCUUAUUGAUGACCUUCUAACCAGGGAGAAACAGCUUAAUGCCACUUUUAAAGGAGACAUCACGGAGUCUGAACCAUCCAGAAGGUCGACGCUGAUGGCCGGAGGGGCAGGAGCGAGUGGAGGAGUUGCUGUCAACCCAUGGCUGAUCAACGAAUCAGAGGACACCAAGGGGCUGACUUUUGGAGAGAUCAAACAGCAGCAACAGCGAGUCAUCGAAGCACAAGAUGCAGGCUUGGAUGCACUAGCAGCUGUCAUCAGCCGACAGAAGAUAAUGGGACAGGAGAUUGGAAAUGAGCUGGAUGAACAGAAUGAAAUCAUUGACGACCUUGCGCAUCUUGUGGACAAGACAGACAGCAGGAUUCGUAAUGAGACACGAAGGGUGAAGCUGGUGGAGACAAAGUCAGCAUCUUGUGGGAUGCUGGUGGUGAUUGUGCUGCUUCUUAUAGCAAUCAUAGUGGUUGCCGUGUGGCCUGUGUAGCUGAAGAAAACCGCAGUUGUCAUGGACCUGUUUUGGAUGUCUACAGCUGUACAUACACACACACACACACUGGAACACCUUCUCUCCUAUGGUUUUAUUUUGUGUAAUCUUGCUCAUCACACACAAAGGUCACUGGUGACUUUCCAAUGUGAUGUGAAAUUAAGACUUUGGUGCGUGAGACAGCACAUCAAAAUCUUGUCAGUUGGGUGAAACACAUUGAUGAUCCCAAAAGAAAGCUGUUUCUUUUUUUCUUUUUCUUUUUUAAUAUGUGAUGUUUAAAGGUGCAAACUGUCCCGUUCAAUAGCUCUUGAAGUGUCUGGCGCAUUAAAUCAACUAUAUAUCAAACUGUUAAAUUGUGUGUAAGCAUCUUGAAAAAUAUUUUUAGCCUUUAAUUUGACUAAUGUUGACCUAACAGUAGGACUUCCCACAGGUAGCAGGAGCUUUCCUUUAAUAAGUCUGUCUGUGGAGUGGAUCGAGGCUCACACUGGGUACAGUUAUUCCACAAGCUUUGCAAUAUUCACACUCACUUAUAUUUACCCAUGCAUUACUGUAGCAGCUGUAAUGUUAUCAUUUGUCUUGGGAUUUUAUAAUGUUUAUAGAACAGCUUUCAGCCAAAACAAACACCUCGACUGUGUUACUGACAUGGUUGUUUUCCUUCCUUGUAAAUCAAUUCAGAUUGUAAUUUCUAAUAAAUGACAUUUCC